AAAAUAUUAAAAAUUUUUUGAAUUUUUGCGUUCUUUAUUAUCGUUAAAGAUCACCACAUUUCAUCAAGUAAUUAAUUUAUUAAUGAAUUAAUUAUAAUUUUAGUUAAAAGGCUUCAAUUUGAGUUCUUAUAAUUUCGUUUUUUUCAAGUUCAUUAUUUACAGUUUCUUCUCUUGCAAAUUUUUGUGUGGUUCAUCAAAUUUUUUAUCAUUUCGUGCCUUCAAGUGUGUUUGGUCAGUUUACAAUGGAGACUGUGUUAGGAGCUGCUUUUGGUUCUCAAGUUAAUGUAUUAAAAGGAGAGGGAGACUCACUCACCGAAUUGAAGAAAAGGCACUGUUUAUUUUUUAAUAACUAUUAAUAAUAAAAUUUAUAAGCAGCCACGCCCACGAAUUGUCUGCAAAUUACUGAAAUUAGUUCAAAACAAAAUGGCACUGUUAACUGGUAGAACGAAGAUAGUUUUAGUCGGAAUCGUUGCCUUCCUGUUGCUGCAGCUAGUCCUCUACGAAACUGCUGGUCUUGACUGGUAUAAAAAGGUGUUCCAAAGUUCAGUUGUGACUAAAGAUGACGUCUCCUCAGUCCAGCAUGUUGAUAACGAGCAAUCUUCUACUCAAGAGACAUCAGUGGGACCAGCUGGCUCACGUCCUGCCAUUACUCCCAAUAAAGACAAUAGACCAGCUUACAAGAAAGCAUUUCAACAUCCGAAGACUUAUGAAGAGCUUUUUAUACUAAUAUCAACUGAUUACAUUGUUAGGAGACUUGGUUAUAUUGACUUGAGACAAAACAAAACAGCAACCAUACGACUGAUAGCAAUGCAAGAUAAAAGAAAGACCCCACCUAAGCCGCUUUUUAUGAACGUACAUUAUUCUGAUUCUAAACCUACUGCAUGUCUACCCACCAAAUGGGACUGUGGGGGGCUAGGGGGUCUGGAUAACUACGAGGUUUAUCUGGUAAAGACCAAUGUGUUGAAUCCUGAUCAGUAUCAAUUAGUAUCUCACAUCACAGUAUCAACUAAUAAUGACUGUAGCAGUGAGAGUGGUGUUAUCCCCAUACAAACCAUUAAACCCAAGGAAUAUGAUCAUAAUUUUGGUGUUUGUAUUCAUAAAGGGAUUGGACCUGAUUUCAAGCCUAAGAUACUCCUGGAUUAUGUGAAGAUGCACUUGGCAGUAGGAGCUGAAAUAAUAACAAUAUACAUACAGACUGGGGCAGAAGGAGUCUAUGAUAUAUUACUACCAUACAUUAAUAAAGGAACUGUUGAAGUAUUGGACUGGAAGCUAGAGCCUAACAUUACUAAUGGAGGCUCCCAUCAUUACGGACAGACUGGGAUAAUAACUGAAUGUCUUUGGCGUAAUAUAUAUCGAGUGAAGUACUUGGGUAUGAAUGAUGCUGAUGAGUUCUUUAUUCCGGUACAACAUAAGACGAUAUCGGAGCUGAUGUCCGAUAUUGAUAAAGCUCCUACUGCAACUUUCGGUUUUCCGAACUUCAUGAUGAAAGGGAAUGAAAUGCUGCCAAAAGUAGCUAAAGCGUUGAGUUCAAACAGCUGCUCUGAGAUAAAGAAGGACUCUCUACCUAUUUAUUACACGAGGAGCAAAGGCUGUGUCAUGAGAGGCCAGUACGUUCAAAAGGUUAUAUUUCGUCCUGAAGCUAUUUAUAUUCCUUGGGUCCAUCACCUCAUCAAGUGGAGGAGGGGAGAGUACAGAGAGGAGCUUGUGGUACCAGAGGAUAAAGGACUCUCCUAUCAUUAUAGAGAUGGUUGGUAUGACCGACCUGAUACUAAAGACAGGCAAUGUUCUACUCCAGAUUAUGAGGCUACAGUGGUUGAGAGAUAUAUCAAGGCAAUCACUGGCUGUGAUAUUUAACGGAUUAGGUUCCACGGACACUUAUGGAUUAUACUGCUGAUAUUAAAACUAUUUUAUAAACUCUUUAUUACUAUUUAAUGUAAUAAUAUUUAUGGUAGACAUUUUUUGACCUUAGUUCGAUCCCCCUGAGUGUUACAUCUAUUAAAGUGA